UUUAAAGGCAGAGGACAGUUUGGUGUUUUCAACCCAUUUGAGACUGAUCCAUCUGCCAGGGAUUUCUCUCCCUUCUUUCUGGAGCAGGAAUGCACACUGCUUGCCAAGGCACUGAUUUGGUGGGUGGAGAAAGAUUGUGGCCUAUAAAAAUGUACUUUGUUUGAGUAAGAAUGCACUUCCUGAACCUCGGAUCUCACAGAUUGAAACUAGCACUUCCUGAAAGCAGAGACAUUUACACUGACUCAUCCAUAAUAUGCUCAAACAACACUGCUUGUUCUUUUUGUGAGUCCCACCGGUAUGAUUUGGAAUCAGCCAUGGCGAUGAGGAGCUUGCUGUCUGAUGAUAGCCAGUAUGUUGAAUCUUUUCGUCUGUUCCUUGAAAAUUCAACAGAGCAUCAGUGCAUGCUGGAAUUCAUUCAGAAGAAUCUGCCAGACAUAAUUUCCAGUAUAGGUAAUGGAAAGUCCACAAUAAAUGUUUUAAGUGUUGGAGGUGGUUCGGGAGAAAUUGAUCUUCAAAUUCUUGCAAAGGUACAAGCUGAAUAUCCUGGAGCUGUCAUUCAUAACGAUGUGAUAGAACCAAGUGCUGAACAAAUAAUGUGCUACCAGGAACGUGUUGCAAAGGCAUCAAGCCUUGAGAACAUAAAGUUUACUUGGCACAAAGAGACUUCACUGGAAUAUGAAGGUCGGAUAAAGGCAAGCAAAGAGAUGAAGAAGUGGAACUUUAUUCACAUGAUCCAGAUGCUGUAUUAUGUAAAAGACAUCCCAGCAACAAUUAAAUUCUUUCACAGUCUCUUAGAACCUGGAGCAAAACUCCUUAUUAUCCUUGUUUCAGGAACCAGUGGCUGGGCCAAGCUUUGGAAGAAAUAUGGUUCUCGUUUACCUCUGAAUGAUCUUUGCUUAUAUGUUUCUUCUGCUGACAUCGAAGAAAUACUUCAUGAAGCUGGACUGAGAUACCAGUCCUAUGAGCUUCCAUCUCAUAUGGACAUAACAGAUUGCUUUACUGAAGGAAACAAAAAUGGAGAAUUGCUGCUUGAUUUUUUGACUGAAACUUGCAACUUUAGUAAAACUGCCCCUCUUAAUCUCAAAAAUGAAAUUGUGGAUGAUCUUAAGCUUGAAUAUAGUGAAAAGAAAGGUGGCAAGUAUUUAUUUAAUAACAACCUGUGUGCAAUCGUAAUUGAAUCUGAAAUACAGUAGGUUUGUCUGGAUUUCUCCAGGAUGAAACCUUCACAAAGUGAAUGUUUAGAUAACUCACUGAAUAUCUGAAGGAGACAUAUACAUAUGCACAGGUUACACCAUUUCUGGCUUUUUAUACCUGUUAAAAACAUUACCGUGUAUUCAUAGUAUUGUGUGUUAAUAGUUUGCUAACAAAAAAUCCACAACUUGCUGAGUUUCACACUGUCUUUAUGCUUGUUUACUGUCUCUUGGAUAGUAGAUAGGGUAUGUGGGGAUCAUUAAUCACAACUUGAAAAAUCACAGGUCUGCAUGCUUCUGAUUGAUGGAGAAGGUGCUGCAAUGACCUUGAGAAGAAGAAUCCUUCAUAGCUGUUUUAAUAGUCCUUAUGCUUUAUAAGUACUACUCAUACCCAAGUAGCAAAAAAGGUGGGAUUUUUAAAUUCACUGGCGUGUGUGUGUGUGUGGGGGGGGGGGGUUACAUUUUUGGAAUUCUUCUUUCAGGAUUGGAGUAGACCUGGGUGGCAUGAAGGACCAUAUGUACAAUUGAAGAACUUUAAAGUGUUUCCUUAUUUAUUGGGGAAAGUAUUUUAAUAUGGUUAAGCAUGAAAAGGGAGCUUUUCCCCUCCUCCUGAACAGAACGCUGUAAUUAUGUGCCAAUUUGCAUGCCCUGCCCUUCAGUGAUAGGUGACAUUUCCUACGGAGGUGACAUUUUCUAUCUUGGAAAUUCACAGACAGGGACACUCAUGGGAGGAUAAGAGCAAGGUAUAAUUCUAUACUAUAAUAAACAUCAAUUCAGAAAGUUGAUCCUGGUAUGGUGGAGGGGACGAUUAACCCAUUCCUUUGAUUACUUCUUAUACAAUUUCCCACUGUAGUUCCCACAUUUUAUGCUUAUGAAUGAGAAGGAAGAAGCACAUACCAUAAGGACAAAACAUUGGAUAAUAUGAAAACUUGGAAGUAACAGAGUGAUGUAGUUACCCUAUAAUGAGAUUUUUAAUGAAGGGGGCCACAGUGUCACAUUUUAAAAGUAACAGUGAAUGGAAAUAGCAUGCAAAAUGUUUGUUUUUGUUUUAAUGCAUUAUGUUUUGUACGUAUUUUGUUUCAGGUAUUUUAAAAAGGCAUUUAUGAUCGGCAUUUGGAAUGGUACUUGUCACAUUAACCCACUUUCUUUAAAAAACAACAGUAAAGAAAAUAAACAAGUUAUCAAAUAAUUAGAAGAAGAAGAAGAAAAUAACAUACAGUAGAGUAUUUCUUAUCCAACAUAAACGGGAGAAUGUUGGAUAAUCAAAAAUGUUGGAUAAUAAGGAGGGAUUAAGGAAAAGCCUAUGAAACAUCAGAUUACAUUAUGAUUUUACAAAUUAAGCACCAAAAUAUCAUGUUUUACAACAAAGUGACAGAAAAAGCAGUUCAAUAUAUGAUAACGUUAUGUACUAAUUACUGUAUUUACAAAUUUAGCACCAAAACAUCACAAUGUAUUGAAACAGCCAUGGAUCCUGGUAGGAGGCAGACUGUGUUGGAUAAUACAGAACAUUGGAUGAGCAAAGGUUGGAUAAGUGAGACUGCUGUAACCUGAAUAAUAGAAGGGUCCUGUAGUAACAGAGCAGUGGAAUUAGUUACUUUUUGUUAUAGUUGUUGUAAUAAAUUCCUUCUGUAGGAGUUUCAUGGUGAAGCAUGUAGCACAUUUCUUUUAACUAGUAACUGUCUAUCUAAGCCAGUGAUUCUCAACCUUCCUAAUGCUGUGACCCCUUAAUACAGUUCCUCAUAUUGUGGUGACCCCCAACCAUAAAAUUAUUUUCUUUGCUACUUCAUAAUUGUAAUUUUGCUACUGUUAUGAAUUGUAAUGUAAAUAUCUAAUAUGCAGGAUGUAUUCUCAUUCACUGAACCAAAUUUGGCACAAAUACCCAAUACGCUCAAAUGUGAAUACUGGUGGGGUUGGGGGGUGGGGUAUGAUUUGUCAUUUGGGAAUUGUAGUUGCUGUCAUUUAUAGUUAACUUACAAUCAAAAGAGCAUUCCAAACUCCACCAAUGAUGGAAUUGAACCAAACUUGGCACACAGAACUCCCAUGACCAACAGAAAAUACUGGAAGGGUUUGGUGGGCAUUGACCUUGAGUUUAGAAGUUGUAGUUCACCUACAUCCAGAGAGCACUGUGGACUCAAACAAUGAUGGAUCUGGACCAAACUUGGCACAAAUACUCAAUACAUCCAAAUUGGAACCACUGGUAUAGUUUGGGGAAGAUAGACCUUGAUAUUUGGGAGUUGUAAUUUCUGAGAUUUGAAGUUCUCCUACAAUGAAAGAGUGUUCUAAACUUCACCAAUGAUGGAAUUGAACCAAACUUGGCACACAGAACUCCCAUGACCAACAGAAAAUAAUGGGAGGAUUUGGUGAGCAUUGACCUUGAGUUUGGGAGUUGUAGUUCACCUACAUCUAGGGAACACGGUGGACUCAAACAAUGAUGGAUCUGGACCAAACUAGGCACAAAUACUCAAUACACCCAAAUGUGAGUUUGGGGAAAAUAGAACUUGAUAUUUGGGAGUUGUAGUUGCUGGGAUUUGUAGUUCUCCUACAAUCAAGAAUGUUCUGAACUCCACCAAUGAUGGAAUUGAACCAAACUUGGCACACAGACUCCCAUGACCAACAGAAAAUACUGGGAGGGUUUGGUGAGCAUUGACCUUGAGUUUGGGAGUUGUAGUUCACCUACAUCUAGGGAACAUGGUGGACUCAAACAAUGAUGGAUCUGGACCAAACUUUGCAAUAAUGCUCAAUAUGGCCAAAUGAGAACACUGGUGGAGUUUGGGGAAAAUAGAGCUUGACAUUUGGGAGUUGUAGUUGGUGGGAUUUAUAGUUCACCUACAAUCAAAGAGCAUUCUGAACCCCACCAAUGAUAGAAUUGAGCCAAACUUCCCACACAGAACCCCCAAUACCAACAGAAAAUACUGUGUUUUAUUAUGGUCUUAGGCAACCCCUUUGACACCCCCUUGCGACCUCCCCAGGGGUCCGGACCCCCAGAUUGAGAAGCGCUGACCUAAGCUCUUGACAAUGGCCUAAAUUUCCAUGUAUGAUCUUAAUGGUGAAUUGUCAUCUAUCAGCAAAAUCGGGAGGGGAGAAGUGAUUUUUUUCUGCCCACUGAGUCCCCUACCCUAUAAAGCUAAAAAAUAAAUAAAAAUAAAUAAAUUAUCUAUUCUGGAGUUCUAGUAAAUCCUCAUUAGUCAGAUAUUGUUCAGCAUGGACAACAUUUGUAUUGGGUCAGGAUUAAGAAUAUUAGAAUUAUAACAAUAUGAAACUACACUACAUUAUAAACUACUGUUUACAAUCUCCAGCUUCUGCUAACUUAACCAAAAUCUCAUCCUCGCACUUUACUACUGUUCUGUACCCAAAGUUAUAAUGCUCCAGCUUACAUUGUCCUCUAUCCCUAAUGCUGCCAUUUGACUUAUGCACUUUAUCCAUCAGCCCUAUCCUCACAAUUGAUUUGCACCAGUCUGCCCACCCAUGCCCAGAAAUUGAUUAUUAUUCAUUGGUUGUUGGUUUGAUGGUUGCUCUUAUAUUCUGUUAUAAUGUUGUUGUUUUAUUCUGUUUUAUGCUGUUGUUUUUGUAGUUUAGUGUAUUUUAAUUUAGUGUAUAUGUUUGUUUGGGCUCAUCCUCAUGUAAACCGCCCUGAGUCCCCCCAGGGAGACGGAGACAGGGUAUAAAAAGAAAGUUAUUAUUAUAUUAUUAUAACCCUGUGCUCAAGUGGGAAGUGUCAAGACAGGGAAAAGUGUGUAGGAGCUCAGCCGACUGGGGUUGUUGCAGUGCCCCAAGACAAGGAUUAUGGUUAUGUUCCAUUUCCUUCAGAGCAGGACCCUUCAGAGUUUUCCAUGUUGCAUUUUAAUGUAGAUUCUCAGGGGAUUGUGAAUGAGGGCACAGAACAAACUGCAGAGCAAAGGGAGUUGGAAGACUCUGGGAUUGUUAGUUCUCAAGAUAGAAUGGUUUCCAGACAGUCUGAUGGGAACCAGCUUGGGUUUCUAGAUAAGGAAAGCAAAAGGAAUGUGUUAAUGAGCAACCUGGAGGAAUCAACCUUUGAUAGAAGGGGUCAAAUCUGUCAAGAUCGUCACCUGCAAGGGGGAGUCCGAAGGUCUGUCAGGAUAAGGGAAAAGAGGAAUUUGCAGGAGAGUUCUCAAGGGAAUUGGAAUGCUUUCUGUGUAGGUCUUUUUGAAUAAAUAUAGGGCUUUUACAGAAUUGCCUUUAGUGAGCGCAACGUUGGUUACAGGUCAAGUCUUGUAUGCAUGUCAUGUCAAAAUUCAUGGAAAUCUCUCCUCAAGACUCAUGUUCAAGUUGCUGUUGGUGAAAGUUUUCCUGUGUAAUUUUUCUGUGGAUUUUGGAUCUGUGCCACCUUGUUCCUUGGCUUUUCAAGAGACCUUGGACAUUUUCCUCUGUGGGUUUUAAGGACCAUGCCUUCGUGGAUUUUACUGUGGAUUUAAGAAUCGUCUCUGUUUACUUUUAUGGAUUAUAUUUGCCUACCUGCCAGUUUGGAUUGUUUUUAGGCUUUCUUACUUAAGGCUUUACUUGCCUUUUUCACCUUUUUAGAUAUUGCUUGCAUUUAUUCAAUAAACUGUUUAUUUGCUAAAGAACUUUGGAGUGUUUGUGGGUUCAAAAGUAUGCUUCCAGCCUUGGUGUGCGACAAAGUGAAUACCUCCUGUUUCACAGUCUCCUUUCUUCGUUGUCUACAUAAUCAAGAUUUGCAUGUUUUAUUUUGCCCAUGACCUAAAAUCUUUCCAAAUGUUUUUUGAAAAUGAAAAAGACAGGAUGAUGGCUUCUCUAAAGUCACUUGAUUGACUAAUAUAGGGUAGUUAAAGCUACGGCUCAUCUACUCCAUUCCUCAAAAUGAAACAUGUGUUGUUCAGAUCAGUGUAUAGCAAAAGGAUGUGAUUUAAGAUGAUCCCUUGGCAAUGACAUUCACAGUUUUUGCACAGGCAAAAUGGCAUUAGUGCUUUCUGUCAGCUUUCCAAAUGUCGGAAGAACCAGAUUAAUGUAUGUAUUUUUGUGACUUAAAAGCUCUGGACUAUAUUCUUGCAUUGAAUGUGUUGAAUUUUGGAUCAUAGUAUUAUUGACAAACACAAUCCACAAUGGGAUAAAAUAAAAGCUGCCUGUUAUUCAGAA